AAUCUCACCUCACGGUGCUUCUUCCACUCUGUUUUCUCUCUAUUAAUUUUUCUUGUUUUCCCUUUCUGCAUUUCCUGAAUUUUUCUGGGUUUCUCUAAAGCUUGAAUCCAAGGUACUGUAAUGGCGAAGAAGCCAAGAAUUGUGAUAGUUGGUGCGGGAAUGGCAGGUCUCACGGCAGCUAACAGGCUCUACACUUCCGCCAGCUCCAAAGACCUGUUCGACCUCUGUGUGGUGGAAGGUGGGACGAGAAUUGGCGGAAGAAUCAACACGUCGGAGUUUGGUGGUGACAGAAUCGAGAUGGGUGCUACGUGGAUCCAUGGAAUUGGUGGCAGCCCGGUUCACCAAAUUGCACAGGAAAUCGGCGCACUUGAGUCGGGGAAGCCCUGGGAAUGCAUGGAUGGGUUCUCUGAUGAGGCAAGGACGGUUGCGGAAGGUGGGUUCGAGCUCAGCACUGCCACCGUUCAACCCAUAUCUGUCUUGUUCAAGAACCUGAUGGAUUUCGCUCAGGGGAAGCAGAUUGAAGCUAGUACUCCAGAUGUUUGUUUAAAUUCCAAGCUGGCGGCUAAAGCAGCAGCCAAAAUCUGUACGGUAAAUGGUGGAUUUGAGAAGCUUAGCAUUGGCUCUUUUCUUAGGAAAGGACUAGAGGCUUACUGGGAUUCUGUGAAAGACAAAGGAGAAGAGCUCCAUGGGUAUGGUAAAUGGAGCAGGAAGUUGCUUGAAGAAGCCAUUUUUGCCAUGCACGAGAACAACCAGAGGACUUACACUUCUGCCGGUGACCUCUUGACUCUAGAUUUCAAUGCGGAAAGCGAGUACCGAAUGUUUCCAGGGGAAGAAAUCACAAUUGCUAAAGGCUACCUGAGCAUAAUCGAAUCUUUAGCAUCUGUUCUUCCACCCGAUUUAGUCAAAUUAGGCCGGAAAGUGACCAGAAUCGAGUGGCAACCAGAGGGCCACCGCCUCCUAGAAUUGGAAAAUGUCUAUGAUUCUAGGCCUGUGAAACUACAUUUCUGCGAUGGAUCGGUUAUGUUGGCUGAUCAUGUUAUAGUAACCGUUUCUUUAGGGGUCCUUAAAGCUGGGAUUUCACAGGAUUCAGGUAUGUUCGUUCCUCCACUUCCUCCUUUCAAGACUGAGGCCAUCUCGAGGCUUGGAUUUGGUGUUGUUAACAAGCUCUUCCUCCAAUUGAGCCCUACCCAAGAUCAACAAAAUCAUGGAAGCAUCAAGUUCCCCUCCCUGCAAAUGAUUUUUCAGCCAUCUGACUCUGAAUUGAGGCACAAGAAGAUCCCAUGGUGGAUGAGAAGGACAGCUUCUCUGUGCCCCAUUUAUCACAGUUCAACUGUCCUGCUAUCUUGGUUUGCAGGGCAAGAAGCUCUAAAGCUAGAAACCCUCACUGAUGAAGAGAUCAUAGAUGGGGUUUCGACAACAGUCUGUAGCUUUCUGUCACAUCCCCACCAGGAAAGAAACCCCAAUUCCCAUGAAUUAUGCAAUGGUAAUGUGAAAUCUUUUGAAAAUCUUAGUGGGGUUGGAUUGAAAUUCUCCAAGGUGUUGAAAAGCAAAUGGGCCAGUGACCCUCUUUUCUUGGGAUCAUACAGCUAUGUAGCUGUUGGAUCAAGUGGUGCUGAUUUAGACACAAUGGCUGAACCAUUACCCAAGGUCAGCAUCAGCAACCCUGGUGGUGGUGAGUCUAGUCCUUUGGUGUGCCCACUUCAAAUUCUCUUUGCAGGGGAGGCUACACACAGAACUCACUAUUCUACCACUCAUGGAGCUUACUUUAGUGGUCUUAGAGAAGCUGAUAGACUUCUUCAACACUAUCACUGUUUUGAUUGAAGUUUACUUUAGACCCAUAAAUUCUAAUUUCAUAUAUAUUUUUUCCUCUUCAAUACUAUCUUUAAAUCUUUCUUUCUCUUUCUAUAAAGUUGAGAAAUGAGUGAGAGAUGAGAUCAACAAAAGAAAAAGGAAGAUUAGGGAGGGAAUGGAAGAGAUAGAUGGGACAUUUUUAGA